CAUCUCCUGCUGCCCAUCGCGUCGCCACGCCCUCCUUGCCGCCUACCGCACAACAUCUGCAACUCUCCGCCGCUCCCACGCACAUCGCGCCGCCACGCACCUCGUGCCUCCUACUCUCCAGUCCCCGCACCCCUCUUCCUCGCUUGCGCCGGGCGUGGCCCACGCCUGGGGCUCCUGCGCGCGGUCGGCUGGGGCUCCUGCCCUCUCGCCUUCUAGCUCGCCGCUCACGCCUCUCCAAAAGGCGGGCAGCAGCAGCAGGGGCCGGUCUCCAGCAGGAGCAGGCAGCCUCUCCGUCUCCAGCAGGCCGGCAGCGGCAGCAGCCAGUAGCAACAGGUGCAGGGCAGGGGCCUCUCUCUCCAGCAACAGCAGGCACAGGGCAGCAGCAAGCAGCAGCAGGGCAGGGGCCUCUCUCUCCAGACUCUCCGGACUCUCCAGCAACAGCAGGCGCAGGGUACCAGCAAGCAGCAGCAGGGCAGGGCAGCAGCCAGCAGUAGGCAGGGUUGGUGGGCUUGUAAAUGCUUCUGCAGGAAUGUACCUAAGAUGAUCACUGAUACUUAUUUUCUAUUUUUACUAUGCCAUGUCAUCACAAGAUGCCUCCUGGUCAUGGGAAGGUUGGAGUAAAAAAUCUGAAAAGAACUCACCUAUCGGAACCACCACCAUUGCAUCCCUAUGAACAGAAGCGCCUGAUGCAAUGCAUGCAGAACAAUGCAAGGCUACAAGAGCUAGGAAUUUAUGCUUUAAGUCGUGAGCUUGAGGAAGCAAGUUCCAUUUCUCAUAAGAAGAAUAAGCCAAGUCAUAAAAAUACUGAAAACUUUGAAUCUGAGUAUGAUCCUUCGUCACAAGAUGACACUGACGAUGAUGACAAUGCUAAGGGCUCCAAGCAACGUAACACUAAAACUGCCUGCAAGUCUGUUGGUGCAAUCAACCUUCGCUCUAAGCGAGUUCUUGCAGAGCUAGAAUGUACCAGAAAUACAAGGUCAAAAAAACACACUGCCCAAGCGGAUGCAACUCUUGCACCAAGUGUCAACAUUGAUGGCCACAACCAGGCUACAUUUGGAGCUGGUGGCCCUGCGCACUUGGAUGAGAACACCCUCGUCGCCGAUGAAGGUCAUGUUGUUGCUCCUCUUGGUGGGCAGAACUAUGCAUGCAAUGAAGAUAAUGGGCAUGUCCAAGCUGAUGGCAACAUGACAAAUGCAGAUGAAGUUGAUGAUGACAACAACCAGAUGCUCAAUGAAGAUGUACAACUAGGUGAAAAUGAUCGAUGGGAAAGGGGAGCCAAUAUGGGACAUGGUCUCUACAGGAUUAAUCGAGCUUUGCGUGGAAAGUUGCAAGUUGUCAUUCCUGAAGGGAAGAUUAGGCCCAUGGCACCACUUGUUGCUGCUAAGUUUGCAACUGAAUGCAACAUUGCAGUUAGAAAUCAUGUGCCGGUGUUGAAGCAUUGGAAGGAAUACAAGAAAAAACAGGGCCUAUUUAAAGUAUUUACAGGAAGACUUAGUGCAAAGUUUGACAUCAACACGAGUGACGCUUCAGUUCAAAAUGGUUGUAACCAAAUGAUGAAGAAUGCAGUUCGGCAACAACGACAUCGGCUCAAGAAAAAGUACUUUAAUCCUUUUCCACUACAUUUGGUGCCAAAAACAUCUCCAAUCAGAUCGAUGACUGAUCAAGAGUGGAAUGAACUUGUGGAAUAUUGGAAAACUCCAAAAGGGAUGGAGAUAUCUCAAAAGAACAAAGAGAAUCGAACCCAUGUUAUAUACCAUCAAACAACCGGCUCUCGUAGUUACCAAGUUCAUGUGGAAAAUUUGGGAGAUAAAUACAAUGACCAAGAACCUGAUGCAUUGGAUUUGUUUAAAGAGUGCCACUAUAGCAAGAAAAAGAAAUGCUACUCGUCUAAUGUGCAGCAAGCUAUAACUCAAAUGGAAAACAAGUUGUCUACACCAGCAGAAUGUGAAGAACAAAUGUCUGUGACAAAAGUUGUAGCAGAUGUUCUCGCUGAGAAUACAAGGAAGAAUCUGUUCCUUCAAAAUGUGGGGAUACAAAAUUCUUGUCCUAGGUCUAGUGUAAGAAAUAUUGCAGCACAACUUGAAGCAGAGAAGGGGGCAAAUACAGACCUUCGAUCUGUUGUCAACACCCAACGUGAGCAACUUGAUCUGUUGUCAAAACAAAUGCAGGAAAGAGAAGAGUUAAGGGUUAGGGAGCAAGGGGAGAUGAAGAAGAGGCAAGCUGAGAUGGAAGCGGACAUGAAGAAGCUUCAACUUUUGUUAAGUAAAAUUCAACCAAGUUAGCUGAAUUGGAUGGUAUGUGGCAAGUUAGAUUUGACAUAGCUUUUGUUCAAAUAUGUUUUGUUGAAGUGGAAACAUUCCAUUCUGGUUUUGGUGCUUCAUUAUGUUUGACUCAUGCUGUCAUAUUUUGUUGUUUGUGUGUUGAGGUGAUAUUGGACACCAAACAUGAUGUUUGUGGUGCUAUAUUAAUUGUAUGGUUGAAGUAAUAUAUUAAUUUUCUGUUGCAA